AUGUUAAAACAUACCAAUAAAACAUGCUAUGAACCAAUUCUUCGAUUUAGUUUCGUUUACCAAAAUAAUGUCCAAAAAUUUAUUGCUUUGAACUACACAAUUCCUUCAUCUAACUUCUGCCCUGGCGAUUCUGAUAUUUCAGGCUCGAGCUAUGGACUCUUUUGUUUAGUUCCAACAAAAGAUUCUUUUAUGAUUCAAUAUUAUGAUGAUGAUUUGAAUUCAUUCGGGUUGUUAAUUGAUCCUAAUGGUACUGCUCAAAAAACGCAAAAAGAUAAAACUGGUUAUAAUAUAUGGAUUUUCUCAUUUUAUGCAAAAUAUACUAAGGCUAAUGUAACACAAUAUUCUCAUUCAUCAAUCGAUCGAACACUUGAGCAAAUACCCAAAGGAACCAUAUUGCUCCCAGACAAUUUUUUUAAGAGUUUUCACAAUGAUAAAUUUAAUCAGUUUGCACUGAAUAAUGAAGGAAUUGGUUUCAUUUGGUACUUGAACGAUAACUCAACAAAUAACCCUAUUGAUGCACAUUGGAAAGUUUAUAUUUCAUUAUUUUAUUUUGAUAGCUCUAAAUUUCAAACCUUUUUAAUAUAUCAAACCCCAAUUUCAAAUUUAUCACUGCAACAAUCAAACUGUGGCAUGUCUGUUAGUGGCUCUGGAAUCAUGUGCUUUUUAGCAUUCCAAAAUACGUCUAAUCCGUCUGCUACUAUUUUACUCAAAAUUAAUUUUCUUUCUUCUGGAGGUGUGAGUGAAAUAAAGCGUUCCCAAGAUACUUCUCAACUCUUUACAAGUCAGAAUCUUGAAACAAAUUUAUUGAUAUUACCUUGGGGUGGCUUUAGUUUGAUCAAUAUUGAUAAAAAUUGUUCAUGGUAUGGGUAUAUAUUAGGUAAUGAUUUUAACUUAUACUCAAAUUGGUCAUUGCCUCAGCCGUUAGGAUUGCCCAAGGAAAUGUGUGAUUUGGCCGAAUCUACCUCUAAUGUAUUAUGGUCAAUAACAACUCAAAAUAAAAUGUAUGUUGUAUCUGGAUAUAAUGAAACUAAUUGGGGUUUAAUCAAUGCAGAUUUUCCAGCAUUAAUGCCAGUAAAUGAUUUCAAAAAUCCAAUAAUUCUUGGAGUUUCACCGAGCAUAAAUUCAACCAUUAAUUUAGGAACG